GCCCGACCCAGGACCCGCCUCCCCUCAGGACCCGCCUCCAUCAGGCUCCGCCUCCAAAAGGCCCAGCCUCCCUCAGACCCCGCCUUCCCCAGGCCCCGACCCGGCCUCAUGUCCCGUCCGUGCGUCUCUCCCUUGUUAGUGCGUCACGCGUGCGACGUCGCGUCUCUUUUGGCGUCACCGGCGCGAGGCUGCGCGGCGCGGGUGGCAUGGCGGCGGCGGGUCGCUGCGGGCGGCCGCUGCAGCUGACGCUGGCGCUGCUGAAGCCGGACGCCGUGGCCCACCCGCUGGUGCUGGAGCCGCUGCGCCUCUGCCCGCAGGCCGUGCACGAAACCAUCCUCAGGCACCAGUUCUUCAUCGUGCGCGCCAAGGAGCUGCGCUGCGGACGGGAGGAGAGCCGCCGCUUCUACCGGGAGCACGCGGGGCGGUUCUUCUAUCAGCGGCUGGUGGAGUUCAUGGCCAGUGGCCCUAUGUGGGCUUAUAUCUUGGCCCAUGAGAAUGCUGUUCCCCUCUGGAGAUCCCUGAUGGGACCCACCAAAGUAUUCCGAGCCCGAAACAGCGUCCCAGAUUCCAUCCGAGGAGCUUAUGGCCUCACUGACACCAGGAAUACCACUCAUGGCUCAGAUUCACCAGCAUCAGCCAGCAGAGAAAUUGCCUUUUUUUUCCCAGAGUUCAAUGAACAGCUCUGGUACCAGCGGGAAGAGCCACGUCUGCGCUGCGGGCAGGUGUAUUACAAUGCAGAGGAGCGUGUCCACUGUGUUGUCGGGGAUGAAGAAAAAGAGUUGACCUGAGUUACCUGGGGGUAUGGUUUGCUGAACUGGAAGUAGCUGCUAGGCACACGCUGUUUGGGUCAGCCCCAUAACAAGACAUAAAGCUGUGUCGGGCUUUUAGGAGUGUGGGGGAGGGAAAGACCUAAUGGACGUUAUGUGGUGCUACCUGGGAUAAUGUUAUUCAUGCAGCAUACAGGUGUUGCAUUCAUGCAGCAUACAGCAUUUUAGGACAAAAACUUCUCAAGUAGCAGUAUUCCAACCUGAUACAGAGGUCUGUCCAUGCCGUCCGCUGGUCCUUUGUGUUUAUUUGGGUAUGAGUGGUACAGGUGAGUUCAUCAAAGGGCUGGUGAUAGUUCCAGUUAGGAUAUGGUUGGUUUUGCUGAUAGUAGGCCUCAGAUUCUUAAUAUUUGCUCCAUUCCCACAGUCCCUUAAGGAUAAAAGAGGGGAAAAAGAAUAUGAAAAAAUGCAGCAGUAAGCUGGGCAAUAUUAACUGUCCUGUCCUGCAAGGAUUCUCACCUGCUGACAGGACCCAGGCUCACCACUGAUAGAGGAGGACACCAGGACAGAGACUGAAAAAAUGCAGGGAGGACAGAACUGCUUGCAGACCAUCCUCCCAUCGGUUUUUCCCUGCAGAAGGUUUUCCAGAUCUUCUUAAGGCUGCAGUCACAACUCGUGUCAUGUCAGAGUGCCACCCAUGUAAAUUACAGUGCAGUAUCACCAAGUAUCUGUUGUCUCUUUACGUGAAAUUUUUGGGGGGAGGGGGGCUCAGGUCCAGGGGUGAGUUGCUUUAACAGACCCUGUUAAAAGUGUAUAAAUAAGAAUAUAUUUUCUUAGAGGCAUGUGCCAGAACACAAAUGAAGCAUCCAGUGUGGAAGAAUACCUAAUAGCUGCCACCUGGCAGCACUAUUUCUAAUAGGAAGCCUAUUCUUUGAAAAAAAAUUUCUAAUGUCUUGGGACUUUUACCCUAGGCAAAGGAACCCAUUUUUCUUUUCUGCAGUUAGAAGGAAAUUAACCCAUUCUGACACCUCUUUUGUUCAAAAUUAAGGGAGCUGUUGUAUUCUUCUCUUAGCUCUCUGAUCAGAGGAAUGAUGUUUGUAUGUCCACAUAUGGAAGGAGAACUGAAUUCUGUCAACUUUAUUUCAUGUUUACUUGACAGUUUUCAUAUGUGGGCUCCUGUCUCUCCACAAGACGCACUUUUACUAUGUGACGUGUUUUCAGUAAAGCACUUCUCCCGUGUGAUGUGUUUUCAGUUAAACAGUCGGGAGUGGUCAAAAGGCAACUGAGCAUUAGGAAUGAUGAAGAAAGGGACCGAGAACACACUUCAGAGACUUGCACGUAUCUCAGCACCAUUUGACUCCCUCACUGUGGCAGCAAUUCGACAUCUAUUGUCACCCCAGCCUUCUGAUACCUGGAAUCAUCUUACUUUAGCAUGUAAUAACUUGGUUUCUUAGCUAUUUGCUCUGGAUUUCAUCGCUUUUCUGUUGUUUUACUGACAGGUUUGAAGAAUGUAUGGACUGGUGAGGUGUCUCUUCCCUCACAGAAGACACGUGGAUAUGUCCAAUCGCAACUUGGUGCAAUUCUGGCAGUUUGAUGGUUGUCACAGUAGAGAGGCUCACUGAGGACAUGGUUGUUACCCUUACAAUCUAAGACUGCACUUUGUUAAUACCUUGGUACUUUCAGUACUGAGAUGGAUUGAAUCUCUUUGGCACGCAGUCUUCCCUGAAUAGCAUUACUUCUAUUUUGCCUGUGAUUUUAUUCUGUGGCUUCUUUCUCAGGCAUCUCUGUCUUUACUGUUGAAAACAACAGGCCUGGUAUAAGACCAAAGCCAUGAAUUCUUUGGAAUCUUAUGACUUCCUUCUAAUGAACACUGUGAAAUAAGAUGUGCCUUUAUAAGACAGACAAGUGAUUCAUGCACUUAGAUCAAAGAGGCGUAUCUUGUCUUUAUCGUAAUUGUCAUUUUACUUCUCCUCAGUCCUGGGGACACCAGCUGCUGAAAAAAGGAUAGAUGAAAUGCAGAAAGGGAAAUACUAAAUAUCAAUAGAGUCCCUGAGGCGGGUAUGGUCUGAAUUAAGGCCAUGCGGGGAGGAAGGAGAGGACUGACCUGCCACUCAUGUACCCAUGUGCCUUCCCAUGCGUCCUCUGCAGCUGCGCUCUACUGCAGCAACACCCUGGAGUCCUCACCCAUGAUAUACAGGUUCUAGCAUGUGUGCUGCCUGUGUACCUGAGUCACAGAAUCGUAGAAAGCUGGGUGUUGGAAAGGACCUCUAGAGAUUGUCUAAAGUCCCCACCUCAAAGGAGGGUCCCCUAGAGCAGGUUGCUCAGGACCUUGUUUUUCACCCUUACAGUAAAAACAAAACAAAAAAAAGGUGAAAUUUCUAGUAUUUCAUUUUGUGCCUGUUUUCUCUUGUCUAUUCACUGGAUACCACAGGUUUUCUUUACUGUCUCGCAUCAGGUAUUUGUACACACAGAUAAAUCCCUCUGAGCCUUCUCAAGGCUAAAUGGUCCCAGCCCUCAGCCUCUCCUCACAUCAUGUUCAAGCUUGAUUGCAGUUUUCCCCAGGCUUUCUUGUAUUGGGGAGCCUAGAGCCGGUCACACUGCUGUAGAUGUGGGCAGCACAUGAGGCUGGGGUCAGCGUGUUGUGCUUUCUUUUGCCACUCAUUGCUUCUUACUCUUCUCUCCUAGUGCUCUUUCCUUUGGUUCCCCUGCUCAGACACAGCACACCCAUGGGCUGAAGUUCCCUCAGGAGUGCACCUGCUCCAACGUGGGUUUGUGGUCUCACCAGUGCCAAAUAGAGGGGGAAAGAUCUCCCUGGACCUGCUGGCGCACGCCUCUUGCUAAUACAGCUGAGGAUGCUGUUGCCUGCCUUUGCCACAGAGGUUCAUUGCUGGCUCGUGGUUAGCUUGUUGCCCAUCAGGACACCCAGGUACUUCUUUGGAUGCCUAGUUGAGUAUUAGCACAUGGAAUUAUUCCUGCCCAGGUGCAGGACUUUGCAUUUCCCUCUGCAGAACUUCCUGAAAUUCCCAUUGGCCCAUUUCUCCCUGAAGGGACUGCAGUCCAGGGAGGAACUGUACCAGAGCAGGGACUCCUCUGAAGAACUGCAGCCUGUGGAGGACCCACGUUGGAGCAGGUGCACUCCUGAGGGAACUUCAGCCCA